AUGCCUGCGGGAGUGAUCUUGACAGUGGUGUGCUUAGCGUGGUUGCUCUUGGCAGAAUACGCUGAGAGUAAGCCACUCACAUGGAUAUGCAAGCCGCUCGCGUCGUGUGGCUUCAUCGUACUCGCCUUACAAGCUCCCCACUUUGACGGGAUCCUCUUCUCCGGCCUCUGCCUCGCUUGGGUCGGAGAUGUCCUCCUUAUCCCGGGCGGGGAAGCAACCUUCCAGCUAGGGCUAGGAAGUUUCCUCCUCGGCCAUCUAUUCUACGCUAUAUCGUUCUAUCAAACGAACUUCGUAGCGUUCACAGCUAUCACUGCCCUCCUCCCACUCGCCGUCAUCUUCUUCGCGGUCAACCACGCCUUGGCGCCUCACGUCCCCAACGAUCUUCAGAAACCAGUAAUCGCUUACAUGCUUGUCAUCAGUGUGAUGCUCGACCUUGCCCUUGCCACCCACGAUACCACGAUCAUGAUUGGGGCAGUUCUUUUCUAUCUCUCCGACUUCCUCGUCGCUAGAGACCAAUUCUUAGCGCCAGGCUUCUCAAACAAGUUGAUUGGACUUCCAUUGUAUUACGGUGGACAAUUGGUCUUGGCUCUUGGUCAAGCAUUCAAUAUUGAGAUGAGCACUUCCUUGAGCGAUGCCUCAAAGGUCAAACGACGAGCUCCCUCGCGACCUACGGCGCGUAUCGCGCGAACUCCAUCAGCAUCAGAGAUUGCGCGUAACGCGAAGCACUUCGAAACUUGGAGUUCACAUCAAGGAUGCGAACAAGUCUCGUACGUGGACAUUCCUCAAGAUUUGGUGAGCGACGUGUCGGACGUCUUCAAUGUGAAGGAAAGGAUACCAAUCGACUGGUUGGAUGAGAAGGACCAACAAACAUAUUGGCCUCCGAAGUUCUAUGAAUUUCUCAAGUCUGCUCAUCAAGCCUAUCCUUGUAUGUUUGGAGACAAGUCGAUGGACCAAGCAGCGCUCCCCCAACUUUACUCCGAAGUAUUGGUAGUGUUUAAUGCAUGGGCGCGACUUCGCAAAAUGAAGAUGUCUAAAGAGAAAUUCUCCGAGGCAGAUUAUGCCGGUCAUGUGUACAAUCCGAUUCGUGUUCAAGGUGUAGCGGAUAACCACGCCAGAUUCCAAUGUUCCAUUUCUCUACCGCAGCCUUCGGGACGCUCUAAUAUUGUCCCCGAAGCUGUUCGUAUUUUGAACGCGAAGACAGUGAUCCCUGACUUCUCGGUCUUCGUACCGGCUCGACGGGUUCGAGAUCUCUCAAAUUCCGCCAAAUCUCCCUUCAACACAUUAAAGCGCCAUGUCCAAGUUAAUAAAUGUGGUGAGGCUAGCAGAGGCAGCUCGUUCCGGUACCAGGCAACACCGUGUGCUCAGUUGCCUGAAACGCCUGGGUUCGAGUUUAUCAGUAGCGUCUUCGAAGAUAAGAAGCCUACACAUCUCAUGCUGGACGAUGCAUAUAGGCAAAACCGAAUGGCGACAGCUGCCGUUGUUCGCCAUUUGCAUUCUCUGUGUAUUGAUGUGCCCGUUUUUGGCCUUGUAUGGGCGACGGGGACAGUGCGUGCGCAUGUUGAUUGGUGUCAACAGGAAGAAGGCAAACGUUUGGCCGUAUUCUCCGCACCGUACCCCAGCAAUGCCGAUCAGGCAGAUGGGGAAGAUCUCUCGCUCAAUCAUUUCCACGAUUGGGAAUUAGAAAAGGAAGGAGACAUUCUACAAGUUUACUUCAUCAUCAAGAACAUCGACACAUGGACUUCCAAAAAGUUCCGCCAACGUGUUAUCAACGGCGUGCAAACGUUGAUGAGUGGCGUCUCCAGCGGCAAAAAAAACUACAAGCCAUGGAAAAGGGUCGGGGAAUUGUCCGUCCUGGCCCCGAAAGCUAAGGAGAAUAAUCCGAGUACAUCUAUCUCUGCGUCUUCUUUAUCUACUCCUCCGAAGCCGAAGAGUAAAAGACGGAGAUAG